AUGACUCACCAAGUGUUACGCCCUCUACGACAAUGGCCAUGGUUCCACCACCACCACCGCACUUGUGUCACCCUUCCUCUCCACCACCACCACCACCACCACCACCGCCACCUUCUCAACCCUCCACCAUCUCAACCCACAACAUCUAAAACACCACCAACCUCUCACCGUUUGUCCUUUGCGACGUUGGCUUCGUCUCGUCCUAAACUUCGAACACCCAACUGUCCACUACCACCCACUUCCGACGCCGAUCUCGAGGCCAAGAAGAGCCGGAACGAGUUGAAGCGAGAAGCCAAGCGCGCUGUCAAGUGGGGGAUGGACUUGGCUUCCUUCUCCGCUCCACAAAUCAAACGCAUCCUUAGGGUCGCUUCCUUGGACCAAGUUGUGUUCGAAGCUCUUAUGCUCGUUAAGAGGCUGGCACCUGAUGUCCGUGAAGGAAGGCGGAGGCAGUUCAAUUAUAUUGGGAAAUUGCUACGGGAAGUAGAUCCGGAGUUAAUGGACCGAUUAAUUAAAGCUACAAAAGAUUCAGAUCACAAGGAGUUGCGAGCUUUAACUGGCUUAGGGUCUGAUGACCCUGAAGAUGAUGAUGAAGAUGACUUGGUUGAAUCUGAAUCGGAGGAGGACCAGGAGGAGUCUAAUUGGUACCAUAGUCAAGUGACAAGGUGGUUUGAUGGUUUGAUCAGUAAGGACAUUGAAAUCACCAAUGAAAUUUAUUCAGUCCAGGGAGUUGAAUUUGAUCGCCAGGAGUUGAGAAAGCUUGUAAGAAGAGUGCACAUUACUCAAGAAAUGAAGGCUGAUAAUGAAGAAGAGGAGAAAAAAAUAGAGACAGCAACAAUUGGAGCUAAGAAUGCUCUUACUCGUUUCCUUCGUAGCCUUACCAAGAGAAUUCCUGAUGAAUAA